AUGGUGUUACAAAUUCAUCCAUCACUGGAAGAAGCUCGAACAGUAGUAACUGAAGAUGUGAAUGAAAAAGAUGGACUUAGUGGACAAGCAAAUUUCCCCUGCGCCUAUACAGCACCGCGAUCAAAGGUUAAUCUAGGAGUAAUGCUGGGUGUAUUUUUACCAACGAUCCAGCAUAUUCUUGGAGUAACAAUGUUCAUACGGCUGGCAUGGGUGGUUGGAAUAGCUGGCAUAAUGGAUACUAUGAUUUUGUUACUGCUUUGCUGCUUAUGUACAUUGUUGACAAGCAUCUCAUUAUCAGCGGUAGCAACAAAUGGCAUUGUGGAAAGCGGAGGAGUUUAUUUUAUGAUUUCAAGGAAUUUGGGAGCAGAAUUUGGCAGUGCUGUGGGUAUUUUGUUCUAUUUGGCGAAUACGGUGGCAUCAUCAAUGUAUAUAAUUGGUGGAAUUGAAGUGAUGCUGCUCUACAUUUUUCCAUCUUUAACUAUUGGUGGUAGCGAUGUGCACUCCGAUACCGGUAUGUGGGGGAUGAUGUCACAUAAUUAUCGUAUUUACGGAUCAAUGCUUCUUUUACUGGAAGUGAUAAUCGUUGCUAUGGGUGUACGGUUUGUACAACUUCUUGCACCGGUAUCUCUGUUCGUAGUUAUUGUUUCUAUACUGGCAUGCUUUGCCGGCGGUAUCGAAAAAGCGCUUCAUCAUAGCGGUCAACAUGUAUGUAUGCUAAACGAACAACUUCUUCAGUCACGAAUAUUUUUUCCACAUGGCACCGAUCUUUCAACACUUUGCAAGCGAUGUGUUAAAUCCGAAGAUAUAUCGGAUGAUUUCUGCAACAGCACAACAGCAUCUUUUUGCACACAUUUUACUGCUUCAACGUUGACAUGCGCCAACGCAUUCCCUGGCAUCAAUGCGCAAACCUUCUACGAAAAUAUGAAACGAAUGUAUAUGGACGCGGGCGAAUCUUAUCCCGAUGUAGCGGCUGAUGAUGCUGGUCUGGAAGUUUCUCAAGACUUUCACACAAGCUUUUUCAUCUUGCUUGCCAUCUACUUCCCAGCUGUUACCGGCAUUAUGACAGGAACAAAUAUGAGUGGCGACUUGAAAGAUCCGCAAAGGUCGAUUCCAUGCGGAACGAUCGCCGCAACACUAACAACAUCCACAAUUUAUUACGCAUUAGCAUUACUAUUCGGUGCCUCAAUUACUGGACCGGUUUUGCGUGAUAAAUAUGGGCGAAGUUUGGACAGUUCGAUGAUUGUUGCACUGUUGUCUUGGCCCUCACCGUGGGUUGUCAUCAUUGGCUCUUUCCUGUCCACAUUCGGUGCUGCUUUACAAUGUUUAUGCAGUGCACCACGUUUACUGCAAUCAAUUGCUAAAGACGAUGUUAUACCAGCAUUGGCACCAUUUUCCAAAGUUACGGGAACUAAUGAACCAUUUUUUGGCUUACUAAUGACAGCAUUGAUAGCUGAAUUUGCCAUAUUGCUUGGCGCGGUGGAUAAAAUAGCUGAGGUACUGGAUUUUUUCUUCCUCAUGUGUUAUGCAUUUGUGAAUCUAAUCUGUGCGUUGCAUUCAUUGUUGAAAGUACCAAACUGGAGACCACGGUUUCGUUACUAUCACUGGUCCUUAUCAUUGACCGGUGCAGCUUUGUGUUUCUUCAUAAUGUUCGCAUCACAUUGGCAAUAUGCAUUAUUUUCAAUCAUUUUGACUUUUGUUAUAUACAAGUAUGUGGAAUGGAAAGGGGCUAAAAAAGAAUGGGGUGAUGGAAUACGGGGUUUGGCGUUGUCAACAGCGCAGUAUAGUUUGCUGAAAGUUGAGGACAAAGAUCCACAUCCGAAAAACUGGCGGCCUCAGUUGCUUGUUCUGAUAUAUGACACCUGGUCUAAUGGUAUCAUCGACAAGCAGAAUGUUAAUUUAAUUGAUUUAGCUGGACAAUUAAAAGCAGGACGGGGUUUGGCCAUUGUGAUUGCGCUUAUAAAGGGUUCUGUUUGGAACUGCAGUGAUCGACAAAAAGCUGAAAAGGUGAAAGAAAAGAUCCAACACGAUAUGUUGCGGGUUCAUUUGCGCGGUUUUGGCAAAACGUUACUAUAUGAUGAAGAUCAGAUGGACGGAUGCUUUACGACAUUAUUCCAAAGUAUUGGUAUUGGUGGUUUGAAACCCAACACUGUGCUGAUGAAUUGGCCUGAAAGAGAAGAGGAAAAGGCAGUCUUUGCCGUGGAGUUAGUUGAAGCUGUAGCAAAUGAUGAAUGUAUUAUGCUAACCAAAGGCAUCACAGCAUUUCCAUCAUUAUCUAGUGAUCGUCUAACUGGUUACAUAGAUAUCUGGUGGAUUUCACAUGAUGGCGAUUUGCUUAUGCUGACUGCAUUUCUUCUCAAGCAAAAUAAGGUAUGGCGAGGCUGCAAAUUGAGAAUUUUUGCAAUUGGUGAAAUACCUGAAAGGAAUGUUGAAUUGAAAGAAAUGCUGCAAAAAUACAUUUAUAUGUUACGUAUCAAUGCAACAGUUUUUAUAGUGGAUGACAGUGUGAAUCAAAAAGAUGUAUCUGAAACUUCGACUGGAGGAGAUUGUAGUGCUGCUGCACUCAUGAUUGCCACCAAAGAGGGAAAAAUUGACCACAAAAACCAAAAAUUAGUUAAAGAUGCCGCAAGUGAAAAUACUGAAAUACAAACAGAAACAACUUUUACCCGGGACAAUUGUUCUUCACUUUCAAAACGUCAUUUAUCAGUUUAUAGUCAAGGAGAAAAGGAAUUUCAUGACGAUGAAAACUGGAAGAUGCCAAGUUUGGGAACAAUAAAACGUUUCAAUGAUGUUAUCGUGGGGAAUUCGAAAGAUUCGCAGUUAGUCCUUCUCAGCCUUCCUCGUCCACCGAUAAGUAAGAGGAAAAUACUGUCGCACUACAUGUUUUAUGUUGAUACACUCACUCUGAAUCUCCAACGAAUUCUAUUUAUCGGUGGUAGUGGCAAAGAAGUUGUUACAAUCAAUUCUUAA